AUGUACUCCUCGUCGAAUAAUUUCCUCGGGGGUGGUGCCGGUGGCCGCCCCGGCCAGGCACCGUUCAUGCAACAGCAGCAGCAACCCCCCUAUUCACAAUUCCCCCAGGGUCAACAGCCACCAUCAAUGCAACAACCUCAACCGACUGGGUUUGCCUCACAGCCCACUGGUCUUGCUCCACAGCCGACCGGAUUCGCCGGCCAGCCCUCCCCGUUCGGUAACUCGCAGGUACAGCCUCAAGCCACCGGAUUCCCCGCAGGACAGCUCCAGCCGCAAUUCACUGGCUUCCCUGGCGCCGCGCCCCAGCAACCUCAGCAGCAGCAGGCGCAAAGCUUCCAACCACAAUAUACUGGAUUCCCUCCGCAGAAUCAGGCGCAGCAGCCGCCGCCAGUGCCGCAGAUACCAACUCGAUUCAAGACCUCCACCGAUAUCGCGAACUCCUUCCAAGGUGCUGCUGGCUCUGGGGCGCCUCCUCAGGUGCCCCCGAAGACAGGGUCGAAGAUUCCAAGCAUUCGGCUUUCUUUCAUCACGGCGCAGGACCAGGCGAGGUUCGAGCAGCUUUUUAAGUCUGCUGUUGGCGAUAGCAAGACAAUGGAGGGUGACAAAGCAAGAGAUCUUUUGCUGCGCUCCAAAUUAACAGGCGCUGAUCUUUCUAAGAUCUGGGUCUUGUCUGAUACCACCAAGUCUGGACAGUUGUUCUUCCCCGAAUUUGCAUUGGCUAUGUACCUCUGCAAUAUCCGUCUCACCGGUCGCGAGCUUCCUUCUUCCCUACCCGAGACAAUCAAGAACGAGGUUUCCAGCAUGGUUGAUAUCAUCUCGUUCGAUGUCCCCGAGGAGCCGGUCCAACAGCAGCGAACAAACGUGCCCAACUUCGAUGCCCCUCUCAUGGAGAACAAGUCGACGCCUCCAAUUGUUCAACAGCCCGUCCCGCAGCAACCGAACAACGCACAGCUCCUGUCACAACUGACAGCACAGCCUACCGGGUUCUUCCCCCAGCAGACAGGUAUCCAGCAGCCCAACCAAACUGGCUUCCCUGGCCAGAACCAACCUCAAUUCCUUCAGUCUCAACAAACCGGUUUCAUGAGCAACCCGCAGGCUACCGGAUACACCGGCCCCCGGCCUCCAAUGCCGCCUAUGCCUACUGGUUACGGUUCGAACCUCAGCCCCGCCCAGACUGGUGGAAUGCAAGGUCUGGGUGUGCAGCCUACAGGCCUGGUGGCUCAGCCCACGGGCAUCCCAGGCCAAUGGGGAUUUAUUAACACACCAUCGCAGGGUUUGCCCAACAUCGAUGCCAUGAAGCAGCAGCUCAUGCCACAGCCUGGGCGUGAAGGUGGUUUCAGUGCUGUUGGUCUUUCAGGAAAUGCUAAAGUUGCCUGGGCAAUUACGAAGGAGGAGAAGAAGAUUUACGAUGAUCUUUUCCGCGCAUGGGACGGUUUCCGCAAGGGCUUCAUUAGUGGAGAGACUGCCAUCGAGAUCAUGGGCCAAAGUGGUUUGAAUAGAAAAGACCUGGAACGCAUCUGGACCCUGGCUGAUCCUCAUAACCGCGGUCGACUGAACAUGGAUGAGUUCGCCGUGGCUAUGCACCUGAUCUAUCGCGCUCUUAACGGAUACCCAGUUCCUAGCCGUCUACCACCCGAGCUUGUUCCUCCUUCUACGAGACACUUGAAUGAUUCUAUCGGUACGGUGAAGUCUCUUCUAUCUCAGGAUGCUGAAACUCGCAAGGCUACGGGGGCGUUCCUGCAGCCACAGAAGACUGGUGUCAGCUACCUUAAGGAUCACUCCUUCCGUGGUGGUGCGGGAGGCUCUGCUGGCGCCAGCCGCAAGGAUGCAACAAUGUUCAAGAACAAUGACACCGCUGGUGGAUACCGCUCUAGUGCACGCCGUCGCGUUGGUAACGAGGCUCGUACCCCGUCUCCAGCCGCGUCUGGCGCCUCAGACGAGGAGUACUCCGUGGAACAGCUGCAAAAGAAGAUCCGCGAGACUAAAGUCAUGAUUGACGCUGCCGAUUUCCAAGAUGAGAACCGUGCCGAGGAGGAUGAUGAUUUAGACCGCCAGGAUCGCCGUGAGGCGGAGAGUCUCAUGGAGCGCAUCCGUCGUGUACAGGACGACCUCGAUACCCACCCCAAUGCCGCAUUCCGUCAAGUGGACAAUGGGGCGGAGCGCAGGGCUCUUCGCCGCCAACUGCAGUCUUUUGAAGAUCAAGUUCCUCAGGUUGCAUCUGACGUUCGUCGCCUUGAGCGUGAAAUCGCGGACGCGAAGCUUGAGCUAUUCCGACUUAGGGACGCCAAGGCACACCCCGGUGGUGCUUCUAACAUCAUUGGCACUGGCCCUGGCGGCACUGUUACCGAGGCAGAUCGAAUCAAGGCCCGUGCCCGUGCGCGUAUGCAAGCCCGGGCUGCCGAGCUUUCUGGGCGCCCGGCGCCCGCGACAGAAGAUGAUGAUGGCCAAGCGGCUCGUCGUCUGGAGGCUGAGAGCACUAACGUGAAAAUGGAGCGGGAGCGCAACGACACUAUGACUCGCGAUGUUGAGGAAAGUGUCCGUGAUUUCGCUCGCAGUUUGGAAGACAGUCUCCGGGUCGAAGGCCAAACUUCCACACGUGAGCAUGAGAAGCGUCGUUGGGAAGAUGCAUUGGGAGUUGAGGAUGUCAUCCGCGACUUCAUCUACGACCUGAGCCGUAAUGCGCGAACUGCAAAUAUUCGCAAAGAAGAGCGCGAGAGACCUUCCCCGAGAGCAUCUCCAGCUGUCGAAUCUGCUGCGCGCCCUUCGAUGCCUCAGUCCGUGGACUCCUCAUCCUCUCUUCCUGGUAACACUCACGAAGAUCGUGUGGCGGCUGCUCGGGAGCGUGCCCAGAAGCGCAUUGCGGAGCGCAUGGCUGCUGCUGGUUUGAAGCCAAAUGAUGCUACUGAGACCCUUGCGCAACGUCAGGAACGUGAGAAGAAGGAGCGCGAAGACCGUGUCAGACGCGCCGAGGAAGAAGAUGCCAAGCGGGAACAGGAGAGACAGCGUCGUCUCGCCGAGGAACGGGGUGGUCCUAGUGAACCAGCUCCGAAGACUGCGGGCAAGAAGCCACCCCCGGCACCGCCCACCCGCAGAGCUCGGACGGAUAGUGCCGGGCAAGCUGAUGCCAAGAAGGCAGAGGAUCCCGCCAAGGCGGACCAGGCUGCCCGUGAGCAAACCAUCAAGGAAGAACAAGAGGUGCAGGAGGCGGAGACUAAGCGUCUGGAAAGCGAGGCAAGCCAACGCGAGCUGGAAUUCCAACGUGAGAAGGAUGCCCAGGCCGCUCGACUUCGUGCUCUUGAGGAACAGGUCCGCCAGGGCAAGAUCAAGAAGCAGGAAGAGAAGCGUCGUCGGGAAGAGGCUAGCCGACAGGCCAAAGAACAGGAAGCUGGUCUCGCAGCCCAGCGCGCUGAACUGGAAGCUGCCAAGGAACGUGAGCGACAGCUGCAGCGUGAACUCGAGGGACUUGACGAGUCAUCGUCUGAUGACGAAGGCCCUGCCGAUAUUACGCCUCAGUACAGCACCCCAACGCAGAGCCAGACACUCCCUACCCCACCCCCAGUGCCUACGAUAGCCCUUCCUGAACCCGCCGCCCCCGAAAGCGUGCCUAGCGAAGUGAGCUCCCCCGAGAGCAGCCGUGGUCUUCCUGCUACCACACCUGAUGCUGAGUCCAAGAACCCAUACUUCAAGAACAUGGGUCAGCCAUCUGAGCCUACCCAUGCCACUUCGCCGCCUACAGCUCAGUCUACGAAUCCCUUCCACCGCUUGACCCAGCAAGAACCCAUCAAGCCCACCUUCACUGGUGCAGCCCCUCUGGAACGCAAGACUCGUGUCCGACCUGAGGAAGAUGACGACUGGUCCGCUGCUGGCUCCGAUUUCGAUUCGUCUGACGAUGAGGAUGACCGUCCAACCGGUGGCAGCGCCAAACAACUUGCCAGCAUCCUGUUUGGCACUAUGGCGCCCCCGCGUCCUUUGAGUGCCAUGGACGACGACAAGUCCCCCUCGAAGUCCGCCACCCCGGUACAAGAAAGCCCUGUUGCACCUCCUCCCCCACCCCCAGCAACUCUGCCUCCAGUUCCUGCUAUUCCAGGCUCUGGCGAUGCCGUCUCUCCACCAGCCGCACCAUCUGGAGUACCUCCCCCUCCCCCCCCUCCCCCCCCUCCUGCUCCAGGAGCCGGUGCUCCUUCCAUGCCCCCUCCCCCACCCCCUGGCGGAGCCCCAUCUGCUCCCCCGCCACCCCCUCCAGCCGGCAUCCCGCCUCCACCUGCUCCCCCAGCCGCUGGCGCCGGCCGAGGCGCCCUCCUCGCGUCUAUCCAGCAAGGCAAGCCCCUGAGGAAGACUCAAGUGAAUGACCGCAGCACAAGCUCGUCAGCUGGACGCGUGCUGUGA